AUGCGGGAAUGCAGAGGCGUUAACUGGAUCGUGACAAUGCGGAAAUGCAGAGGCGUUAACCGGAUCGUGGCAAUGCGGGAAUGCAGAGGCAGGAUCGUAACAAUGCGGGACUUCGGACUCAGUCGCGGCCGGGCUGGUGGCUAUGUCUCCAAGGACGCGUGGAGCAAGCCAAACAUCAAGGGCACGCCGCCGUCGCCGCGCGACAGCCACACGAGCACGGUGGUGGGCAGCAGGCUGUUCGUCUUCGGUGGCACGGAUGGGUCGUCGGGGCUCAACGACCUUUACAUGCUCGAUACCUCAACCAACACGUGGACACGGCUGGCGGCGCAGGGGGACGUGCCAGCAGCGCGAGAGGGGCAUGCAGCUGCGCGGGUGGAGGGGCUGGUGUACGUGUUCGGGGGGUGUGGCAAGGCGGGCGAGGGGGGUAUGGUGGACGAGACGUAUUACAACGACGUGCAUGUGUUCAACCCUGACACGAUGCGGUGGGCGAGGGUGGCAACAACAGGCACAGCGCCAUCACCGAGGGACAGCCACAGCUGCUGCGCGUGGGGCAACCAGCUGAUUGUGUUUGGCGGGGAGGACUCGCGCAACUGCUACCUCAGUGACGUCUUUGUGCUCGACACCAGGGACAGAAACCCUUUCCCCAUGCAAGCAGUGCAUGUGGCGGUGACAGCAGGGCGCUACAUGGUGGUGUUUGGGGGCUUCACAGUCAGUUUAGCACAAUCGCUUUCCCCCCUCCUCUCCCUACCCUUCCUAGGCUCGCUGGUGUGGAGGGAGGUGAGGGCGAGGGGGCAGAAGCCUCUACCACGAGCGGGGCAUGUGGCGGUGACAGCAGGGCGCUACAUGGUGGUGUUUGGGGGCUUCACGGAUGAGCGCCGCCUCUUCAACGACCUGCAUGUGCUCGACCUCUCAUCGGAGCACUGGCAGCAGUACACGUUCACAGGGGUCUCUUCACUCCAAUCAUCCACCAUUGCCCAUUCCGUUUCUUCCUCCCUUCCAUCCCUCCCCCGCUGCGCUCCUUUUUACCCUCCGCCAGCAUCGGAGCACUGGCAGCAGUACACGCCCACAGGAGACGUGCCUUCACGGCGCUUCUCCCUGUCAGCCGACCUGCUGGACACAGUGUCGGGCAAGAUGAUGCUCUUUGGGGGUUGCAACGACGAUUUGGAGGCUCUAGAAGAUGCCUACUUCCUGCAUACAGAUUUCGGGUCGCAUGCAGUGGAGUUCCCCCGGCCGCACGUGCGGCGACGGCCCUUUGACUCCAUGCCCAUGCCCAUGGACGCACGCAUGGGCAUGGACCCUCGCAUGGCUGUAGAGGGCGGGGGCACACCCAUAAGCGUGCGCACCCGGGUGCGGCUGGGAGGGGUUACAGGGAGGGCGUACUUGCUUCCUCUGAUACUCCUCUCCUCUCACAAUUUCGGGUCGCAUGCAGUGGAGUUCCCCCGGCCGCGCGUGCGGCGGCGGUCCUUCGACUCCAUGCCCAUGCCCAUGGAUGCUCGCAUGGGCAUGGAUGGUCGCAUGGCCAUGGACGCUGGCGUGGGCAUGGGGGCCGGAGGGACGCCCAUGGGCAUGCGCGGCAAGAGGGGGGAGAGUGGAGAGGGCGUGUGGGGCCGGGGCGCUGAGGGUGUGUAUGAGGCGGGCGGCAUGGAUGAUGACGAUGGGUAUAGGCCCCCUGCCAGACGCAUGCGAGUCCCACAAGUCUCACCAGCCUUGCCGCCCGGGCUGCACCCAGCGGACCUGAUAGCGCCGGCGGGCAGGGAGGUGCCGUUUGAGGCGCAGAUAGUCGACGUCUUCCACCUCGGCUACUGCCUGCGCGCCACCGUCGCCGGUAGACCACUGCACGGGCUGCUCUUCUCCUACGACCCUUCAUUUGCUCAAGCUGCCCUCGCACGCCAGGCCCACCCAAAAGACAAGCAGGUACACGGUCCUCCUGCCUGCCCCCGCUACCUCCACCGCAAAUCAUCCUUCCCCUACCACCACCCCUCACCCACCCCACUUCCUCUCAAACCUUUCCUUUCCUCUCACCCCUUUCCCCCCCCCCGAGAACAGAAGGCAAGCAGGCACACGAGACAAGCCACCCAGCUGGGCACGCUGCUGAAGCAGUUCGUCCGCGUGGCGGCACCCUAUUGGUCGUCGGAGGACAAGGGCCAGGCACGGCUGCGGCUAGCUGCGGUGUUUGUGUUCGCGCUGGGCUGCACUGGCGUCUCCGUGCUUUUCAACUUCUUAUAUCGGGACUUUUACAACGCUAUAGCGAGCAAGGACGGCAAGGACGAGGAGGCCUUCCUGCGGCAGCUCUUGUGGUUUCUCGGAGCCACUGUGGGGGGUGUGCCGGUAGGUGCAGUGCAGCAGGGGGGUGUGCCGGUGUUUGUGUUCCGGGACUACCUGCGUGACACGCUGGCGCUGAGGUGGCGGGCGUGGAUGACAACGGAUCUGCUCAACAAGUACUUCCAGCACCGCACCUUCUACAACAUCCAGUCGCAGUGCCUCGAUCCUUUUUUUCUCCUCUAUACCUCUCCGUUCUCACUCUCCUCCCCUACCUCCCUUCCCCCCUCCCCCCGCUUACCCGCCUCCGUCUCUCGAACGGGCCUUGUCCGUGAUAGACAACCCAGACCAGACCAGAGCAUCAACGAGGACGUUGACGAAUUCACCACCACCUUGCUCACCUUCUCCCUCUACUCCCUGUACCCCCCUCCUCUACGCUCUUUGCCCACAGUCCCUAAUAGCAACCCGGGUCAGCAAAUCAACGAGGACUCGCUCAUAGACAACCCUAACCAGUGCAUCAACGCGGGCGUGGACGACUUCACAACCACGUCACUCACCUUCUCCCUCGCCCAUUCCUACCAUUCCCCAUUUUGUCACUCUCCCCGGUUUCAACUUGUCUCCCAGUCGCUCAUAGACUACCCAGAUCAGCAAAUCAACGACGAUGUUGACGACUUCACCACCACCCCCCCCGCCUUCUCCACCUCACCUUCGCUUCUUUCCUCUGCACACCCCUUUGUCCCCAAUCAGCGAAUCAACGAUGAUGUUGACGACUUCACCACCACGUCGCUCACCUUCUCCCUCGCGCUCGUCAACGCCAUCGUGGAUCUCAUCUCCUUCUCCGGCAUCCUCUACUCCAUCUACCCGCCGCUCUUCGCCGUGCUGCUCGCCUAUUCUCUAGGAGGGACAGCCAUCAGCGUGUAUUUAGGCAGGGGACUCAGCUUCCUUCAGGAGAAGGAGGCGGAUCCUUUUGGGCUCAACUUCCUGCAGGACGAGGAUAAGGACGCGGACUUACGGUACGGGCUGGUGCGCGCACGGGAGAAUGAGCUAGUGGCGCUCAAUUUCCUGCAGGAGAAGAAGGAGCUGGACUACUCUGCCUCUUGGAACACGCACAUUUUGAUCCUGCCUCUGCUCUCCCUGCCAACCCUCCUCUCCUGUCUUCGCCCACAGGAGCUAGUGGCGCUCAACUUCCUGCAGGAGAAGAAGGAGGCGGACUUCCGGUACGGGCUGGUGCGAGCACGGGAGAACGCCGAGAGCAUCGCCUUUUACGGCGGGGAGCGCAGCGAGACGCGCCUGCUGCUGCAGCGCUUCCGCCAGUCCUUUGCCAACUACUCUGUGAGUGAGCGGAUAGGCGUGCUUGCUGUGGCUGUUAAGUGCGUGCAAGGGCAUGCCCUGAAUCGACUCAUGACGCGCCUGCUGCUGCAGCUCUUCCGCCAGUCCUUUGCCAACUACUCUUGGCUCAUUGAUGCGUGCAGUGGCUCAUUGAUGCGUGCAGUGGCUCAUGCAGUGGCACAGCACGUACCAGCCACAUGCAAUGAGCUCAUUGAUGUGUUCAGUGGCUGCUAUCGGCUGCUGGUAGUCGGUCGCAACCUCGAUUUCUUCACCAGCAACUACCGCUAUCUCAUCCAGCUGCUGCCAGCAGCCGUGGUGGCGCCACUCUACUUCCGUGGGGAGAUUGAGUUCGGCGUGAUCAACCAGUCCUUCUCUGCCUUCAACCACGUUCUCGGGGACUUUUCCAUCAUCGUCUUUCAGUUCCAAGCGCUCUCACAGUUCUCUGCCACUGUGGAACGGCUGGGCGAGUUUCAGGAGGUGCUGGAUGACCAGAGCAAGCCAGCCGCGUUGCCAGCCUCCUCUGCUGCUUCUCCUGCGCCAACUGCUGGCACCGCGGACUCACAGUCACCUGCGACGGAUUCUGCAGCACCCGUGGCUGCAGGCGGGAAGUUGGUGGUGAGCAGCAAGGGGGAGAAGCUGGAGGGAAGGCCGCAGGCAACAGCAGCUGAGGCAGCGGCGGAGCACCUAGCGUCGCUGUUCAACAGCUUCAUCACCAUUGAAAACGUCAUUCUCCCGGCUUCUUCUCCCUUUCUCCCCCCCGCCCUGCUGCCUGCCUCUGCCUCUUCCUCCUCCUCCUCCGCCUCCCCCCGUGUGCUGCUGGAGGUGGACGCACUCACUCUCUGCACGCCACAGUACGCCUCGUGCCUGCUGUCUGGCCUUUCACUCUCCGUGAAGCAAGGGGAACACCUGUUGGUGAGUGGUGCGAGGGGAUGGGGACACCUGGUGAGUGCAGCGAGGAGAAUACUGCUGGUGAGUGCAGCGAGGAGAAUACUGCUGGUGAGUGCAGCGAGGAGAAUACUGCUGGUGAGUGCAGCAAGGAGAAUACUGCUGGUGAGUGCAGCGAGGAGAAUACUGCUGGUGAGUGCAGCGAGGAGAAUACUGCUGGUGAGUGCAGCGAGGAGAAUACUGCUGGUGAGUGCAGCGAGGAGAAUACUGCUGGUGAGUGCAGCGAGGAGAAUACUGCUGGUGAGUGCAGCAUGGAGAAUACUGCUGGUGAGUGCAGCGAGGAGAAUACUGCUGGUGAGUGCAGCGAGGAGAAUACUGCUGGUGAGUGCAGAGAGGGGGGCAUUGUGUGUUGCAGGAGGUGGACGCACUCACUCUCUGCACGCCACAGUACCCCUCGUGCCUUCCCUCCCACCACUCUCUGCGUCAAGCAAGGGGAGUGAUGUGAGGGGAGCAGCUGUUGAUGCUUACUUCCCCCCCUUGCGCGAUACCAUCUCUGCAUGCGAUUCCUGCCAUUUGGGAGUUCACCCAGUUCAACUUCAGUUCAACUCUGUCGGCUCGGCACCCCUCAGUUCAACUUCAGUUCAACUCUGUCGGCUCGGCACCCCUCAGUUCAACUUCAGUUCAACUCUGUCAGCACCCCUCAGUUCAAUUUCAAGGCUGCCUCCAUUCUACCUAUUGGCAACUUGCAAGAUCCAUCUGUUCUGUUUCAUCCCCACCCACCCUUCCGCAGACCUCCUGUUUCCCCCUUCUCCCCACCAAUCCAAACCCUCUCUCCUUUCCCCGCUUCCACCCGAUAAUGGGUCCCAGUGGCAGCGACAAGACAUCUCUGCUCCUCCUCUUUCCUCCACCCCUUUCCCUGCCACCUAUGCCCUCUUCUCACGCCAUCUUUUCUCCUCACCCCAGAUUAUAGUGGCCGGACUCUUAUUACCCACCAUGGAUCAUGGGUCCCAGCGAAUGAACAAGUGUUUUGAGACGUCUCAAAACGCCGCACCACCCUCCUCUCCCCCCCUGCCCUCCCGCCCAUCCCAGAUCAUGGGUCCCAGCGGCAGUGGCAAGACCUCUCUGCUUCGAGCCGUUGCCGGGCUCUGGCGAUCGGGCAGCGGAACGGUCAGAAGAUAUGUUUACCUGCCUGAGGGAUCAGCAGCGUCAACAGAAAGCAAAGCAGCCCCCCCUAGCAGCAACACGCAUAGUAAUACGAGCGCUGUGAUUAAUGACAGUGCCCAUUCAAAGAAUGACUAUAACGAGAAUGAUGGAGAAGGGAGUGGGAGUGGAGCGAGGGGCAAGACAGAGGAGGCAGAGGGGCAAAAGAGUGAGGGGGAAGUGAGUGUGGAGAGGCGUGAGAGUGAGAGUGAAGCGAGUGUGAGCGUGAGUGUGGAGGGCGCGAGCGUGGUGAAAGCAGAGGGUGCAGUGGCUGACGUGGAGGAUGGGGUGAUGGACGCAGGAGGGGCGGUGUUCUUUGUCCCGCAGCGGCCGUACAUGGUGCUGGGGUCGCUCAGGCAGCAGCUGUUGUACCCCACGUGGAGUGAGCUGGAGGAGGGGGAAGGGACAGGGCGGGCGGAUGAUGGGAGGGUAGUAGUGGCGCAGAGGGAGGGGGGCGAGGGGAGCGAGGGGAAGGAGGAGAGGGAGGGGAGUAUGGAGGGGUGGUGGACGGUGGGUGGGUUGAUGCAGCGGUUGGGGAUCAAGAAGGACGCAGACAAUGGAGGGACAGCCGGAUUCCCCCCCACCUCCAUUUCCACCCUCGCCUCAUCACCCCACAACAUGGCGCACCGCCCUCAGCCGUCGGAUGAGGAGCUCCUGGCAGUGCUGGACGGCGUGAGAUUGCACCACGUGGCGGAGCGCCAGGGGGGCCUAGACGCGCAGGUGGAGUGGGCGAGUGUGCUGUCGCUGGGCGAGCAGCAGCGCCUCGCCUUCGCCCGCCUGCUGCUCUCCAGACCGGAACUUGCUCUCAUGGACGAAUCCACGAGUGCCCUGGAUGAAGAAAACGAGGCGCAUGUGUACGGGCUGGUGGAAGCAGCAGGAGUGACGUUCAUCAGCAUCGGCCACCGCAGCUUCCUCCAUCUCUCAUGCGCAUGUGUACGGGCUGGUGGAAGCAGCAGGAGUGACGUUCAUCAGCAUCGGCCACCGCAGCUUCCUCCAUCUCUCAUGUGUGUGUAUGGUGGUUUUCAUUCUCAUACCGUCCCCAUCUCUUUCUCUCCCCUCCCACAGGCGCAUGUGUACGGGCUGGUGGAAGCAGCAGGAGUGACGUUCAUCAGCAUCGGCCACCGCAGCUUCCUCCAUCUCUCAUGUGUGUGUAUGGUGGUUUUCAUUCUCAUACCGUCCCCAUCUCUUUCUCUCCCCUCCCACAGGCGCAUGUGUACGACGCAUGUGUACGGGCUGGUGGAAGCAGCAGGAGUGACGUUCAUCAGCAUCGGCCACCGCAGCUUCCUCCAUCUCUCAUGUGCGCAUGUGUACGGGCUGGUGGAAGCAGCAGGCGUGACGUUCAUCAGCAUCGGCCACCGCAGCUCCCUGCGCCGCUUCCACUCGCUCCUCCUCACCCUAACACCUGCCGGGAGGGCCGACGCCGCCACUGCUAACGUCACUGAUGACAUCACGGACAGGAGUGAUGGUAUCAGCAGUGGGGGAGAGGGUGUGGAAGGGAAGCGGGUGGUGGCACGUGGAACAGGCAGCAUGUGGACACUGGAGAGAAUAGCAGACUAG